CGGAUCGAUACCUCUAAUAUAGAGUGCUCAUCGAUCACAUGGAUGUGACAUUAGGAAGGCAGACCGAUGUCGCACCCCGGUCUCGUUCUUAGUGCGGGUGUUGUGCGUCCCCUUAAUAGAUGGAUAGGUUAUGUGAGCGUUUCGGUAGAGUGAACUUUCGUAAUCGUGGUUGAUUUAUUGGGAAGUGACUCUGCAAUUGUUCCCAGUGAUAUAUUACAUUGUGAUAAUGGCAUAAAAAGACUAGCAGCAAGCACACGAAUCUAGUUGCUGGGACUACUGUGAACAUUCAGGAUUGCGAGGUUGUGCCGAGACACUGGGACGCGGACAUUCCUCGAGAUGACGUCUGCUAAUCAAGCCUUGGAUGAUCUAGAUUCAGAAGAUCUCCCGCCACCAGAGAUGACUCCAGAAGAAAAACAGGCAAUGGUCGACUGUGUCCGGCGGGGGGACAUCGAAGAGUUUGAGGAACUCCUGGACAUCCCAGGCGCGGAAAUCAACAUGGUCUGGUUUAGUGAAAACCUUCUGAUGACCGCAGUUCGAUGGAAGCGGGAGGAGAUGGCCAUGUACCUCAUUGACAAUGGUGUGAAUGUGCUGUUUGAAACAACAAGACUGCAAAAGUAUGAAGACCCCAACGACCCAAAGAAGGUAGUGCUGCGUGUGUAUACCGUCUCCUGUCGUCAGAUAGCAUACGACAACAAUCUCCAAGACGUGGUGGACGCUAUCGACUUAGAAUCAGGAGAGGAUGUGAUGCACACGGUGACAGAGAGGACAAAGAAGUUGUGGAAGCCAAAGGAGGUGCGAGAUUUUGAGAAGCUUCGAGCGACUCAUGAGGUGCUCUCGGACCUCUCAUCCAUCACGGCUGUGGAUUUACUAUGGGAGGAUGACGGAGCUAUGGCAGACACGGAGGUUACAAACAGUACUGUCAACUCACCUCGGGAGAGACCGCAGACGCCAUCGGACAAGACAGCUUCCCUUGUGUCAGAGAAAGGCUUAGUUGUGGACACUCGAGUUAUGAUGGAUGUCCAACCUGGUGAGACGGGAAUUCGGAUGUCUGUGGGGGACAGGAAUCGACCCAGCCUCCCUAAUGUUAGUGGAGACGUUCUGGGAGACCCAGGGGAGGACAGGGCUCAUCGGAAGAUAUCAACAGAUUCGCUGAGACAUCGACCUGCCCCGAAAGUUGUAGUGGAAGGUGAGGAAGGUAGUCUCGUGGCAUUGAAGACCGUGAAAGAGGAAGGAGCAGACGAUACGAAUGCACAAGCGUCUGGUGACAAUGACCUACUGCCGUGUCACAGCAGAGGGGCUUGCACUGAUGAUGGGGUGUAUGGCAAGCGAUCACCGUUUAGCGCUGCCACGGUGCAGAGCAGAGUCAAAAGUGCAGGAUUUGCUCGGAUUGGGGGCACCAGAACGGACAUGUACAGGAAACGGGACUCAAAACGAAAGAUAAUGCUCAGAGAACAAGAUCAAAAUGGUGCAGACUAUGCCAAACCUGUGAUGGUGAAUGGGAGUUAUCCUUUUGAAAGCAAACGCUGGUCUGUGGAGGAUGGACACAAGACUCCCAGUCAAACACCGCAGGAAUGUGUUGCACCCAUUGGAUCAAGACAGACUCUUCCAAAAUCACCACGUGGUCACCACACUAGUGAAGUAUUUAUCAAACCGAGGCCAGCGUUCGUGACAUCUGGUCACCAUAGUAGCAGAUAUACAAACAAUCAUGACAGUUGGGACUCGUUUCCAUCAAUUGGGGCCAAGACAACAAGGUUGCAACACAAACAGACUUAUUUGAUUGAUGUGGGAGGUAGAAACAUUAGGGACAAAAACAAGUAGAAAUAUGACAAUCUCUCGGAACAACCAGGUUGUGAUGCAAAUGAGACAAGUGUCUCAUUCGUAACUUUUUGGUCCUCAGUUGUGACUUGAAGACAAAGACCGGAAACGUGUCUCAAUCAGUUUUUGCAUUUGAUCUGGGUGAUGAAUUCAGUAUCUGCUCAUGGUCUUCUGUAGUCUGUUUGAUCAGCAUCCUCAGCUGAGGGUAUCAGACACAAUCCAAAUGCAUCUCAAAAGGAUAUUCAUCCAGUCACCAAUGACAAGAAGAUUGUUUUAAAAUAAAUACUUACUUCUCUUAAA